AUGGCUCGCCAGCGUCGCCCUAUUGAAGACAAGCAGGCCUCAGGGGACAGUCAGCCUGCAGGAAUCCCUUCUGUUGUCGGGGAGGCACCACCUAAGCUUCUGAAGCGACUUCUGCAUUGGGAUGAUCUACCUCAUUGGCAACGAGACAACCACCACAUACAUACUGGAUAUCGGCCCGCCUCGUCCUCGUUUUUGAGUUCAUUUCAGUCACUGGGUUACCUCCACAAUGAGACGGUUAACAUCUACACCCACCUCCUACCGGCGGCAAUUGCAGCUCCCGCGGCAUAUGGACUAUAUCACGUACUUGCUCCGCGGUAUCGGAACGCAGCCGAUUCCGACAUCCUCGCCUUUUGCUCCUUCUUCGCGGGGGCCAGCUUCUGUCUUGGUAUGUCUGCAACCUACCACACGAUCUCGAACCAUUCUCCCACGGUAGCUCGCAUUGGUAAUGCGCUUGACUACAUCGGGAUUGUGGGACUUAUUGUUGGGAGCUUUGUACCGAGUGUCUUUUACGGAUUUUACUGUGUCCCCGAGCUCCAACAGCGGUACUGGACCAUGAUCUGUACCAUUGGAGUGGGCUGUGUGGUUGUCUCCGUUCUUCCCCGGUUCCGCACACCCACCUGGCGUCCAUUUCGCGCUGCCAUGUUUGUCGGGAUGGGCUUGUCUGCCGUCUUUCCCGUAGUCCAUGGUGUGCUCCUCUUUGGCUUUGAGCGCAUGAGACAGCAGAUUGGCCUCGGGUGGCUUCUGCUCCAGGGCUUCCUCUAUAUCCUCGGGGCAGGGAUCUAUGCGGCUCGAGUACCCGAGCGUCUCAUGCCCGGGCGAUUCGACAUUGUGGGGAGUUCGCAUCAGAUCUUCCACGUGCUGGUUGUCUGCGCUGCGCUGGCUCAUCUCACAGGGCUGUUGAAGGCAUUCGAUUAUCGGCACAGUGGGGCAGCCGAAGCGUGUCAGAUUCUAGGCGGCUGA